AUGAUAGUAAGCGCAUUUUUCGUUCUUUGCGUCCUCAAGCGGUAAUCGGCAAAACCUGUGGGCAAACGCAAACGCUGUUGAGCGGUUGAGUGAAAGCAGUGAAAGUUCAGCCACUGGUUCAGACGUCAGGAUUUACUUUCCGUGAGUUCGAGGAGUCGCUUAGCCGUUGGAAUUGGUCACGAAUGUGAAGCAUGUAGAGUGUAUGAGAUUCCUGUUGCUCUGGUGAAAUGCUUGUUCUUGAUCGGUCCGUACCAAAGCUGGUUUGGCCAUUGCGAGAUCAAGGACCAUAGAAACGUGAAAGCGGGACGAGCUCUUAAGUCGAGUGAGUUGGGCUGUUAUUUUCUGCAAGAGGCUGAGGGUGCUGAAAAUGGGACUGCCAGAGGAGCUGAAAGAUCGUGGAUGGUUCUUGAGCGCUGAAGGACUCGAAGAAUGCAUAGAAGGUUUGGAGAACCCCAAGCCGGAAGACGUAAUCCGGAAAGCGGUGAACUUUGAUUUAGCGGAUAUUGGAGAAGGUGGCCUGCCAGAAGAUGUCUCGAGGAACAAAGUGGAUUCAAUAACAGGGCCUGUGGUUGUUCAAAUUCAAAAGAUACGAAAUGUUGCUGCCCCCAAGAGCAACCCAGAAUCGGACCAUUCGCCCAGGCUACUGCGACUGCAUCUGUACGACGGAACUUCAUACUGCAGUGCCAUCCAAUGGGGACGGUGGAACAACAUAAGUCUUUCUACACCCCCUGGCAGCAAGAUCCUCCUCAAGAGUCAACCAAUACCUGUUGUGAAUGGUUUUCUUCUGCUGGCAGAACAUAAUUUUAAAUUCUUGGGUGGCAAUGUGGCACAUCUUAUCGAAAAAUGGGAGCUGGCCAAGAACUUGAGCCACCACAAACGUACUGCUGGCGAAGAGGGCGGUGCUCCCCCUUGGGUUCCCUUUGGGCAGAAGAUAGAUGCAAGCAGACUUAAGAACCUCAAAGGUGGCUUCAAGUCCAUGGAUCUCUGUCAGAAGGAUACCAAACCAAAUGAAUCUUUUGAGAAACAUCGACAGAUGACAAUAGCCGAGAUAUCUCGAGCAAAGGAAGGAAAAGUUAAAGUUUUUGGCGGUGGAAAGCAGCAACCCCAAGAUGGAGACAUUGCUCAGCUGGUUGGCCUUGGCUACUCUGUGGAUGCUGCUGUGAGUGCCCUGAAAACACACAACUGUGACAUUGCUGCUGCAAUGCAAGCAUUGGAGUUGUCUGACCGAAACCGGAGGGAGCGGGCCAACCGACCAGAAACGGGACGAAAGCGUCGAGAGCCAAGGGAACGUGAUUCAGGUGAUGAGAAAGCUCCUAGUCGACCAUCGGGUCCCAGCACCCUCUUUGAUUACUUGCAGAACCAGAUCUCUCUUCCCAAAGUGCCUGAUGUAGAAGAUUCCCACUUGGGUGACCAACCUUCCGAGGUCCACUCUACACACGACCACUCUAAUCGUGGAGGCCACAGCAGUUCAAAGGGCCGUGCAAAUGGACCAUCUAGCAACAGUGGCCGCUUUGCUCAGCAGCAGCAGCAGCAGCAGCAGCAGCAGCAGCAUCCACCAUCCCAGCGGUAUCGUGGGCAUAGAGAAUCAUCCAGAGGGGAAGGCGAUCACUCGUACCAGAACCAUCUGCACGAUGGGUUUUCUUCUGGCUUUUAUGCCAACAAUGCUGGCCCUUACAACAGGCAAAGGGCCUCCCAAGAAAGUGGUGGACCACCUCAGCAAUCACGGACUUAUCAAGGGAACCACAACAAUCGGAGUCACCCACGGCAGUCCCCAGUUGAUGGGGGUGACAGACGGCGUGUGCCUCAGGCUUGCGACUUAGCGCCUGGCUCAAGACCUGCACCCCGUGGUGGUGACCGGAGCUCUUCUGACUCGAAGUCAUCUGGCCCCAAACGGCUUUUCUCUGGACAGAAGGUGCUGGCCAAGUAUUGGGAAGACGGCAAGUUCUACCGGGCCCUGGUGCACGAGGUGUCGGCCAAUGGCAACACGUGCGUGGUCAAGUUCGUCGACUACGGCAACCACGAGGAGGUGCUCUGCUCGGACGUGCAGACCGUGUCGCUCGCCCAAUGGGACAAGGGCCAGUCUAGCUCGUCUCGGCAGGAGUACCACCGCCAGGCCGGAAGUGUUGGCACAGCCGGUGGCGGCGGAGGCGGCGGCAGCCAACACGGCCCGCCCCCUCAGCAGCACCAGCAGCCCCAGCAGCACCAACAGCACCAGCAGCAGUUUAACAGCAGCCGGGACUCUGAGGACUACCGCUACCUGGAAGCCAUGAUGCAGAACGAGGCUGCCAACGCGGCCGCCUCGCAGCAGCCUCAGCAGCAACCUCAGCAGCAGCUCCACCACCAACAGCCGCAGCAGCACCACCAGCAGAACUACCACCAGCAGCAGCAACAGCAGCACCAGCAGCACAAUUACCACCAGCAGCAUCAUCAUCAGCCACAGUACCAGCCCCAGCAGCAGCAUCACCGUCCGCCCACGGACGGCUAUGAACACGGCGGAUACCGACACCGGCCGCCGCCCCAGCACCACAAGCCACAGCAUCACCAGCCGCCGCCGUUUGGCAGCGGCGGACAAGGGCGCCCGCAGCAGCAGUACUAUCAGCCGCCCGCGCAGCGGCGUCCGCCUCCCACCUGAGCCUGUCGUCGGAGUCGUGUAGGGUUGUCGCCUGCAGUCGUUCGGAACGGCGGUGCUGCAAUCGGGAGGUGACCACGACGCACGCAACGACCGUGGCCACUGCCGUCAAUACACGCAACACAGUGCCAGUGUACUCCUCUCGAAGGGCCGGUAAACGCGGCGGAAUGUCAUCUCUGGACGUUCCGUUCAAGAAUAAAGAAAAAAGGAAUUCGCAAUACUUAACUUGUAAGAUCCAAUGAAAUGACUAAUACGGAAGGGGUAUAGAGAAAGCCGCAGGUGUGUUAGGAUAACCUUACGUAUACCUAUUGUCGUUGCCGUAUUACCACCAUGCCACGUCAUAGAUAGGAGGCGCAGCGUUAGAGGCGGCAUCUCGUCGAGCUGUGAUUAAUUAAUAUGCUGUGCUAAACCUGCCAUUGUGACGCGCAAAUGCACUACGUAAAAUUAAGAAUAAUGACUUUUCUGUCACGCAGAACCUUCGUACCAGGGGAUACGCCAAGUCAAUUACCCAAUUCAGCAACAACUAUGGUGCCCCUUAAAUACAGCUGUACGAAGCGUCGGAACUAACGCUAUGGCGAGCAGUUGCGCUUAUGGAUGAUGGUAAUAUGUCAUUCGUGUUGUGUCUACUACGGUUAUCUAAUCAUUCCUGUAAAGGCCUUGCAUUCUGAGUGGCAUGGUUAACUGUUGAAAUAUGGGAUCCCUUUGGCCUGUGGGUCAAACAGAAUCUGUACCGUGGGCUAGGUCUAUGGGGGCAGUCCCAACGCUCGGAACCUUUAAAGGCGCAGGAAGAUUAGCAGAAAAUAUAGAGUCGUCGGGGAAAAAAAAAAGAAAGCAACCGACGGGAUUAAAAGAUGCACAGGGUUUUCUUUGACCUCGGCAGCGGUGCUUGCGGAUCAACUAUACCUCGUCACGUGGCCGCGUCAUUCACCUCCAUUCUAUGGUUCUCUCCCUUUUGCUAUGUUUCCAGAUAUUUCGAAAUUCCUCGUUUCACCAGAGUCAUAUUAUUUCGGCUGGUUACGCCAUCGUCAAGCUUAUUUUGCUUGAACAAUAAAGGUUGUACUUACAUGGUGGUGGCAAUGGUGGUUGUUGUGCCAGCCAGAGAAUGAAAUGUUCACUGUGCCCUUUCAAUUUUACGUUUAAUCUAAACAUAGCCACAGUUGUCCGCGCUUCUUCGAUAUUUGGUGGGUGACGCGGAAGACCCGUGCUACGCGGGUGGGAGACACUUGUGGUCUCGGACCGAACGGGUCUUAUGUUUUUUGACAGAAGCCGUGCCCUUGGUCAGUCAACGUGUCGAGAACCGGACCAGUGGCCGCGCUGCGCGUCGCGCUUUCGGUCUUCACAGCGUGCUGUGCCAGAUGUCUACGGCGUCGCCGUCAAUUCCCGAUUCUGCACCUCCAGUUCACGACACCGUUAGGCAGUGGGCUCUUUAAUGAGAGAUUCUAACUACAUCCUCGAUUGGUCGUUUCUUCAGAGCACUCAGCUAGCGCCGUAAGGUCUUGCGAUUCAGCAAGUAAGCUGUCUUGCGAAACUAAACCCGGCUGCAAUAUGUAUAGCGAAGCUUGAUUAUCACUUUUACAGCCCGCUGAUCCUCGAAGUACAGCUUUAAUGCCGUCUUAUACGACUUCAUGGCGUUACGAGACCGCUCUGAAACAACCGCUUGAAGAUGACCUUCUGGUUAAGCGCCGACACCCUGGCACUCCUAAACUGAGCCAAUCGCUGGAGAGCAAUCUCUUUUCACAGUUUCCCUGUUACCUUCUUUUUCUUAUUUUACUUUACGUCCCUUCGUUCAUCGCUUACUGCAUCUCGGCGCCAACGCUCAAUACGCAGCCCUCAUGCACAGAGUACAUGUGCCCGACUUCUUUCAUGAGGCACGCUAAUGAUAAAGGAACGGUGUGUCACGAAAUCGUUUCGUUUGUUUUCCAUCCUGCGCAUAUUGUGAUUGCAAUGAAAGUGCUACGUCAUCGCGUGUUCCUCGCACUUGACCUUAUGCGAAGUGUUUCUGUGACACCGAAUGUUCUGCACUUGAGAUACUGUUCCUUGCAUUUAGUCUUCAUCUUUCUCUAUUUGAUAUAAGUAUCAAUAAAAUAGGGUGGAACGAGCCCUGGUUAAAAAACCUUCCCUCUUUAGUUUUGUUCUGAGUGCUUAAACGACGUUAAGGCCAUAUAUACUACAGUUUUGAUUCUGCUUACUUCGUUAGACAUUGUUAUUAUUUUCACUCACUCUAAAAAACAGCGCGCAAGCUCAUAAUUUGGAAUAACAUUGACUGCAGUUCGUUCACGGUACACGAUUCUCUUGUUCCGUUUUUGAAGCCCUGUUCGUAUACUGUGUGCCGAUAGUAAUAUUGGUGUUGUUCAAAGUGCUCACCGUUUGAACUUCGCAGUAAAGUAUGCCUCUUUUAAUUGAAUGCAAAAGUUUCCUCUGUAUGUGUCGGGUUUUGACGUUCGUUGUUGUUUGGACAAGCCGUGUUUCUUUUGUGUUCUUUGUACUGCGGCAUGUGUUCUUACGCGUUCGUUCGCCAAAUGCGCUUGGAAUGCCGCAGAGGCUUCUAGUUAAUGCCACAUCUUGCAUAUAUAAUCGAGUGGAACAAGCAAAGAGCUGCCGUAGGUAGCAUUCAGUUAUCACCUAGUUUACAUGCAAUACAGGGCAGCUGUUUUCAACCAUGGUGCACCAUGAAAACCGUGGAUCGCGAGAUUUUGUGUUGCAGGUUUGUAAAAUCCCAGAGAACCAACUGUUGUUCGUGUCACUGCUCUUUAAUAUGCACGAGUCUAUGUGGAAGCGAGAGAUGGCGUUGGUGCUGUUUGUGUCUAACACGACUAACCUCGAGCUGGUGUCGUUGCUUUUUUUGUUUCUUUCGUGUUUAUCGCUGUUGCAAUAAUGGCACGUACCACGCACCCCGCAUUUUUUUGUUACCCGCAGACAUACAUGGUGGUGCGAGAGACGGCAGACACGGUCAAUCGCAGGGCGCUGGGUGUCUUUUAUUCGCGUAAAAAUAUAUAUUUAUAAAACCACCGAGCGUCACCGGCGAGACCCAUCGUGACGUUACGACGUUAUCCGUCUGCGCGUUUUCUUUUUUUUUUUUCUUCUGCAGCCAUGGUGCGAGAGAUAAAUGAAUUGAGUUCGUACGUACGGUGUGUGUGUGUGUGCAUGUGCUUUUGUGCGUGCGUGCUCGUUUAAAACGAGGUUGGACAAACAAUAAAAAAAGAUAAGUGAAAAAAUGAAUAAAUGUCUCUAACGUC